AGGCCGCUAAUGUUAUUUGCUUGUAGCUGAUGGGCGGAGGUGAGGACCGGGAGGCGGCCUGCGGGGCAGGCAGUGCGGCGGCGGGAGGCAGGGUGGCGCGGGCGAAGGCGGCCAUACCUGCACCUGGCAAGCGACCCGUUAACUCCCACCGACCAGGAGCCAAACGCGACCCGUUCGUCUUCCUCGGCGGCGUCCCCUCCACGGCGUCCUUAGACAACUAUAACGACGCAGCCAACAACCACUCCCCCGCACUUGCCCCCCGUCCCCACCGCGGCCCGUACUAGCUACCUCCCCCGUCUUCCCAGGCAAUGGCGCCGCCGCCGGCUCAAGUGAUGGCGGCGUCAUCGAUCUCAGCAGCCAUACAGCCUCGCCGAUUCCCUGUGCUGGCUACUGGUGGGAAUUCGGAAUUUCCUCUGUUUAAAACAUCAUGCUUGCCAAUGAACCAAGGCAUUGUGUGCAAUACCAUUGCGUCCUCAUUACCAAAUCAGGGAGGUGUUAAAAUUAUCCAACCUGUAGUCAAAAUGUGUGGCAUCACAUCAGCUAAAGAUGCAGAAAUGGCUUUGGAGGCUGGAGCUAAACUUAUCGGCAUGAUACUAUGGCCAAACUCGAAGCGCUCUGUUGUGUUAUCAGAAGCAAAAGAAAUAUCAAGAGUUGCACAAUCUUAUGGGGCUGAAUCAGUAGGUGUCUUUGUGGAUGAUGGUGAAGAGACCAUCUUACGAGUGUCUGAUUCAUGUGACCUUAAUCUAGUACAGCUUCAUGGAGAUAAAUCUCGUGCAUUACUUCCUGUGCUUUCGAGGAAUAAUCGCAUCGUUUAUGUUCUAAAUGCCGAUGAUGAUGGAAAACUUAUCAAUGCUCCUCCUGAUGAAAAAUAUGAGCUUGAUUGGUUCUUGGUAGACAGUGCCAAAGGUGGAAGUGGCAAGGGGUUCAACUGGCAGAAGUUUCAGAUGCCGUCUGUCAGAAGCAAGAAUGGAUGGCUAUUAGCUGGAGGACUUCAUGCUGAUAAUGUCUGCGAAGCCAUUUAUGCCCUGAAACCAAAUGGAGUGGACGUUAGCAGUGGCAUAUGUGCUCCUGAUGGUAUCCGAAAAGAUCCCAAGAGGAUUUAUUCUUUCAUGAGCAAUGUUAAAUCCCUGGGCAGAUCACAAUGAAUAUUCUGGUGUUUUGAGCUUAAUUUCAUUUCUUCUGCAUAAUGCGGAAAAUGAAGCAGAAUCCAUUUGAAGCAAGCUGUUCACUGGUAAAUGCCCGUUGAGGUUAAAGUCGAGAUGUGGCCAAUUUUUUGUGUGAAUUUUGUUACUGAUGCAGUAGCUAAUAAGUGCAAUUCCUGUGCCUCGACAAUUGAGGGCAAAAUAAGUUACAGAGUUGCCAGAGUUAGAUUUUAAUGUACUUUAUCGAUUGUAUGUAUUGAACAAUACAAUAUGGCUAAAUAAUUUUCAUGUUUCCCACUGGGCUGUUAGUUGCGUAGGUAGAAUACAACGUGUACACAGUACACAACGACAAUAACGGACUUUGCAUUUCUCUGGUUAUACGUAAUUGAUAAUU